AUGAAGUUCCUCCUCGCCGUGCUUCUUGCGCCCGUCACGCUCGCUCUGCCCGCCAAGCUUGACGCCCGCAGCCCUGCUCCUCUCUCUCCUCUGGAGGUGCGGCAAAGCUGUGCUGCCACCUGUGGCAACAACAUCUGCUACUAUGCUUCGACCGUGGACCGGGCAGUGAGUGCUGGAUGCCAGCGCUACCAGGACAACAACCCUGUCAACUCGUAUCCUCACACCUACAACAACUACGAGGGCUUCGACUUCCCCGUGUCGGGCCCCUACCAGGAGUUCCCCCUCCUGAGAAGCUUCAACAGCAAUCCAUACACUGGCGGCUCUCCGGGCGCAGACCGGGUCAUCUUCAACGGCAACUGCCAACUGGCUGGCGUUAUCACUCGUAUGCAUCAAUCACCCUUGACCACCACUAUGACCUUGGCUAAUACUCAUAAAUCCAGACGACGGUGCUAG